GGCUCCUAUCCCGCUCGGCGGCAAGCGCCUGGUUCUUAACUCCCUUCAGCGGCCUCGCACACGCGCGGUUCCAGCCCCGGCCUCCUCCUCGUCUGCCCGGCGGUGGGGCCAUGGCGUGUCGGUGGCGGCCCGAGGCUGGCGUCGGGGCCCGCGGCGCGCUGGCGCUGCUGGCGCUGGCUCUGAACGUGCCGGGGGCCAGGGGCCGGGCGCUCGAGUGGUACUCGGCCGUGGUGAGCACCGAGUACGUGGACCCGCACACGAACCGCACCGUGUGGAGCGUCUCGGAGAGCGGCCGCUUCGGCGACAGCUCGCCCAAGGAGGGCGCGCAGGGCCUGGUGGGCGUCCCGCGCGCGGCGGACCGCGACCCCGAGGGCUGCGCGCCAGACACUCGCUUCCUCGUGCCGGCGCCCGGCGGCCGGGGGGACGCGCCCUGGGUGGCCCUGGUGGCGCGCGGGGGCUGCACCUUCAAGGACAAGGUGCUGGUGGCGGCGCGGAGGAACGCCUCGGCCGUGGUCCUCUACAACGGGGAGGGCCACGGGAACCUCACCACGCCCAUGUCCCACGCGGGAACUGGAAAUAUAGUGGUCAUUAUGGUGAGCUACCCAAAAGGAAGAGAAAUUUUGGAUCUGGUGCAGAAAGGCAUUGCAGUGAAAAUGACCAUAGGGGUGGGCACCCGUCAUGUACAGGAGUUCAUCAGUGGUCAGUCUGUGGUAUUUGUGGCCAUCGCCUUCAUCACCAUGAUGAUUAUCUCAUUAGCCUGGCUGAUAUUUUACUAUAUACAGCGUUUCCUAUAUACUGGCUCACAGUUUGGAAGUCAGAGCCAUAGGAAAGAAGCUAAGAAAAUCAUUGGCCAGCUUCCACUUCAUACUGUAAAGCAUGGAGAAAAGGGAAUUGAUGUUGAUGCUGAAAACUGUGCAGUGUGUAUUGAAAAUUUUAAAGUAAAGGACGUUAUCAGAAUUCUGCCAUGCAAGCAUAUUUUUCAUAGAAUAUGCAUUGACCCAUGGCUUUUGGAUCACCGCACGUGUCCAAUGUGUAAACUUGAUGUCAUCAAAGCCCUGGGAUAUUGGGGAGAGCUUGAAGAUGUGCAGGAGACGCCUGCUCCAGAACCUACCCCUGGGAGUGUUUUGGUGGCAAAUCUGAGUAUCAGUUUACAAGAUGACAGAAGUGAGGGGAGCAGUUUGCCCUCGUCUUCCACUAGUGAUUCUGCACCACCGUGUGAUGCCAGUUUCAAAGAAGAUGCAGGUGAAAACACAGCCUUACUAGAAGCGGGCAGGAGUGACCUGCAACGUGGAGGACCCAUCUCCUCACACACAUCCUGAUGACCACAUCAUGGAUAGAGCUUCAGCUCAAAUUAAAGGACUUUUUUUUUUAACUUCAGCACAUAGUUUGUAUAUUUGAAAAUAAUGUACAUUCUUUUACCUUUCAGAUUUUGAUUUGAUAUCCAAAGGGCUAUUUUAUUCUUAAAGAGACGUUUUGAUUAGUUUUAAUAUAUUUAUCUACUAAAAUGUAUCAUUUAUGAUAAACAGUAUGUUGCUUUGGACUAUUACAGAGACCACUAGGAAGGCACUCUAAAGGUCGGGGUAUGUUUCUGAAUAGUAGACUAGCUGCUACGGUACUGUAAAAACAGGAUUAAUUUUGCUUCUCAAGGAUGAUUUUAGACUGAGCAACUGAAUUUAGACCAGUGGAGAUGCAAUUGUAUAAUUCAGUGAUUGAUCAUGAGUUUUCCCUGGAGGAAAGACUUUUCUAGAAUAUUAAACCUGUGAAUGAGAUGAGAGAAAUCUAUAGCUUUCUUGAACCUCCAUGUCAUCAUCCAGAGACUUUGAAAUCUAAGAAGACUUCGUCAU